GGGGUCAGGAUUCUACUGCUGCAGCUGCUUGCCUUGGACGUGUGUGCGUAUACUGGGAUGCAGCCGUAGUUUCUCAUAGGCUAUUACUAAGCCAAACGGCACUGAAACAUCACCGCAAGUCAAAUCUAUCACGCCCGACAAAACGAUUGUUGAGGAGGUAGGUUCUCAUCAUGGCUGAGCAGCAGCGACAGCGCUCCCUCUCCACCUCUGGAGAAACACUUUACCACAUCUUGGGCGUCGACAAGUUGGCUACACCCGAUGACAUCAAGAAAUCUUACAGGAAGCUGGCGCUGAAGUACCAUCCCGACAAGAACCCAGACAACCCUGAGGCGUCGGAUAAGUUUAAGGAGAUCAACAGCGCCCAUGCUAUCCUGACCGACGCCACCAAGCGCAACAUCUAUGAUAAGUACGGCUCUCUGGGGCUCUACGUGGCCGAGCAGUUUGGAGAGGAGAACGUCAACACCUACUUCGUCCUGUCCAGCUGGUGGGCCAAGGCGUUGUUUGUGCUCUGCGGAGUUGCCACAGGCUGCUACUUCUGCUGCUGCCUGUGCUGCUGCUGUAACUGCUGCUGCGGGAAGUGUAAACCCAGACCCCCUGAGGGCCAGGACCCCGAGUUCUACGUCUCUCCCGAGGACCUGGAGGCUCAGCUGCAGUCAGAUGAGCGAGGGGGUGUGCAUUCUUCUCCAACAGAGGGUGGCGGCGGUGAGCCCAUCGUGAUGCAGCCCUCAGCCACAGAGACCACCCAGCUGACGUCCGACGGUCACCACUCCACCUACCGGACCGACACCGGUUUUAACUAACGCGCCCUCCAUCUCCAGCCUACCACACAUGGUCCCCCCUCCUCCCAGCUCCACUUGAGUGAUGAUGAGCUCGAGGAACGAUUCGUCCGAACAACAUUGAACGUGCCACUGACGGUGGCAUGCAACCUGAACUUUUUAAAGACAUCCAGCCCCACCCCACCCCACCUCACUCCACUCCAUUCCUGCCCUGCCCUGCUCUGUCCCCGUCCGCCAAUCCAUUCCCACCUCCAUCUGUCCUUGAGUGGCACAUUACCCCCAUCAGUGUAGCAAAAAAGGGAAGAAAUGAUUUUUGCUCUCCUAUUGUUUGCUGCCACUUCAUUUUAGGCCUUUUGAUCCUGAUUUUGCCUUCCCAACACCACCACCCCUCCUCCCCAGUCCUGGUGUCCUGUAGCAUGUGCUGUGUGCUCAUUAGGUAGGGUCUUUCUCACGUAUGUUUUCUCUAGUCGUAGGUGUUUAUGAAGGCGUGUGUGUUUUUCACUCACCGCAUAUGCUCAUGUUGUGUCGUUCUGCGAGUGCAGUAGGCCGUGCGCCAGGCUCCGUCUUACUGGGCGUAGUUGUUUGUGAGGUGUGUGUGGGGCUCAGGGAGGUUUGGGAUCUGAAGAGGAAACUGGUCCUUUUGUUAGUUUGUUUGUUGGUUUGUUUGUUGGUUUGUUGGUUUGUUUGUUUGUUUGUUUGUUUAUGCCCAAAGCUGCAUGCCAUCUCUUCCCUCACAUGCCCCAAGCUUUCAACAACACCUUCCUGGGAGACAAACCACAGAACACACAAAACACAGACAUACACAAACACAAACACACACACACACACACACACACACACACACACACACACACACACACACACACACACACACACACACACACACACACACACACUUCAUUAUGCCAAUUAAUGCCAAAACACUGCUUGUCAUUCACAUGUUUUAUCCAGUCGUUGACACUUCUUAUUGUAAACUUGCCUGCAAAAUCAACUGGGUUGGAAGAACACUCAGCUCUGUUUGAAACCGCCCUUAACUUUUGUUCAUGCAUUCUGUCGUAUUUUUACACUACAAUACUUAGAACACCAGAGAGACCUUAGGACGGCUACUGUAAGACAACACCUUCUUGCGGAAGAUGCAGUGUAUGAUAGUGUGGCGAUAGACGGAUCUUUACGGAGCUCUAGCCAACCAUGAGAUCAUAUUGUCGUGUUGUGACACAGGGGUGCCAGGAACAGGAGACCCAAAUUGCAGUGAUGCUGUUUGGCAGGUUAGGUGGCCAUGACCUUAUGCCGUGGGUGUUUUAUGGCAUGCAGUUGUCUGACUGGUCUUACAUGAUUCUGGCUCCCUCUUGCAGUCAUGUUAACUCUCGUUGUCUCUGAAUCCGGAGGAAAACCAUGUGUGUUUGUGUCAUUCCUUCCCUCCUCCACACCUCUCUCCCGAGUGUUGAGGAAUAUGCAUAAGAAAAUAAUAAUAAAAAAAAUGUUAUAUGUAAAGAUAUACAGUAUACACACAUGAGGGAUGUGUCUGUAUAGUAUGUAUAUUUUGCUCAUUUUUACUUUGUAAUUGUUUGGAUUUUUUCCAUUCAUAUUUAUAAGUGAGUUCCUGUUUGUAGUGAUUGUGAUUGUUUGUCCUUACGAGUGCUACACCUCUGGUUGAUUGACGCCCUGACAACCACUGGAUGGAAGCUUGCAACAAUACGCCAUCCUCUGUGUGUGACAAAGGCUGUUUACCAUAUAGUGCUGUAUCAUACAUUUAAAAUCAAUUACCACCAGUGUCUGAAGAGAUACCUUCAAAGUUUAAUAUACUGUAUAAGGAUAUAAUUAUUGGAGUCAUUUCUACUCAAGGUUGAGAACAUUAGAGCAUCAUUGGUUAAGGACAGGUCUUGUAAUCUGUGCAUCUGUUUCAUGGGAAUAGUUUAUCUGAUCAAGAACAGGCGAGGGGUGUGUUCUUAAAAAUGGAUGGUUCGGUUACAUGUGUCAAAAUGACAUUCACCUGUGGUUUUUGCACUGUUGGUGUACUCAUUCUUUAAUUGUGGUGAUGUUUAAGUAACCGUUGUACUUAGAUUUGGUGGAAAUAUAUGAACUGAUUAUUAGACGAUUUACUUUACAGAAAGGUGAGGAUAUUCACAGCCUCAUGAUAUCUAAAGAGACGUCUUAAGACUGAAACUCAAAAUGGCCUGUUGUGCUGUGUGUCCUCUCCCAACAUAGAUUAACAGUGUAAUGUGUUUAGAUUGGGCACUGAUUUGACGUAAUGGAACAGAACAUUCUUAUCACUUCCUCUUGUGUUGACAGCAGUUCAUUUGAAUUAUUUUUUGUCUCUAUGAAAAAUUAUCUGAUUUUAAAUGUCUGCAGCCAAGGACCCCUUUCUGAUAUCUUUUUACACCAUGCCACAUGUUUUGUGUCAUCAGACCACAAUAAGUACUAUUUAUUUUUUCAUAUUUUGUGUUCUAUUUUUUUUUUGUUUCAUCAUCAUGUUGAUACAAUCAUGACAUUUUAUAGGGUGUAUAAUUAAUUGUUGGUGUUGUUUUCAUGUUUGUGAAGUGGAAUUCCUACAUACCGUGGGGUAGGUCCCCAUUAUGCUAUUGAGUACAGAGGGGCAGCCUCCUCAUAAUCAGAUCAUAAGUGAUUACAGUGAGUGUCAACCACUGGCAGCUCCUCCAGUGAACAAUAACAAAUGUUUCAAUAUGUAAUUUAAUUAUCAAUAAAAAUAUUGAUCGCAUAAAUGUAAACACUGAGCCGCAGUUAUCCGCAAGUCAUUUAAUUCUCAGCCAUUCAGUUGUCACAUGUUUAUGUUGUAAUAUCGCUCUCAAAAGCUAUAAUGUAGUUCUUUUAUAAAAAUGAUAGUCGCCACAAGCAGAUUCUGGUCAUUUUCUGAUUUCCUGUUUGUUCAUUUUACCUGUUGAUUGCGUCCAGUGUUGGACAUUAUUGUGGUUGACCACCAAAACCAGCCAUAUUCAGCCAUACGUACUCUUCUUUUUUGUUGUUUGUGAAAUGCCAAUAAUGUGAGUUUGAACUGUUUACAAUGAGUUUGUGAGCAUUCCUCCUCUGCCUCCUUGCCUUUCUCUCUUCUUCUGCUCUUAACUACUUGCUCUCAGCGGUCGUUUUGGCCCCUGUGGUCCCUAACGUUGCAUUUCACACACUUUCCCCCCGAAACAUCUGACAGCUACUACAGCUUCUUUAUCAAUAUGUUGGAAAAAUGCAACUUGUUUUGAGUUGAAUGCAAUGUGUAAAAAAGAAGUCUAUUGUACUGAAGAAAAAGUCAGGAAAAAGAUUCUUUAGAGUAAAAAAAAGAGUCUUCAAAACGAAGACAGUGCUUAGUGUAAUAAUAGUGAUAUGGUAAGUUGAUGCGUUUUUUUAUUUUAUUAUCUUAUUUUGUCUGAUGAACUGUCCUAGCUUCAAAUUGUAUGUAAUUUGGAUGUGGCGAAGCUAUGCUACCCAUGGUCUAAUGGUUAAGGUCUCAUGUACAUACACUGAAAUAUGAGGUAUAAUAACAGACCUUUAUGUUGUAGCAUGGUUAUUGUAUGUCUGGAAGAGAAAAAAAACAUUUAUCUGAUUUGCUGUUGUAAAAUAAAUGUUUCUGAACAUUUAAAAA